CAAACACCAUUGCAUGUCGCAGCAAGCAUGGGGAGUGAAGAGAUUUGCAGCGUCAUGCUCUCAUUCCAGGCCAAUGUAAACGCCGUCGACGUCCAUGGGGAGACGCCAUUGCACAAGGCAGCAGCUCAAGGUCAUGUGGGGAUCGUUCGCAUGUUGCUCGAAGAGGGAGCCGACUGCAUGGCCAAUAGCAAGCAGCAAACUCCCUUGCAUAAAGCAGCACAACGAGGCCAUUCAGGUAUCGUGAGGGAGAUGCUCCGGGAAGGA